UUAGCUAUGGCUCGCACAAAGCAGACGGCUCGCAAGUCCACCGGCGGCAAGGCGCCCCGCAAGCAGCUGGCUACUAAGGCCGCUCGCAAGAGCGCCCCGGCCACCGGCGGCGUGAAGAAGCCCCACCGCUACCGGCCCGGCACCGUGGCGCUGCGCGAGAUCCGGCGCUACCAGAAGUCGACGGAACUGCUGAUCCGCAAACUGCCGUUCCAGAGGCUGGUGCGCGAGAUCGCGCAGGACUUCAAGACCGACCUGCGUUUCCAGAGUUCCGCUGUGAUGGCGCUGCAGGAAGCGAGCGAAGCCUACCUGGUGGGUCUUUUUGAGGACACCAACUUGUGCGCCAUCCAUGCCAAGCGGGUGACUAUCAUGCCUAAAGAUAUCCAGCUUGCGCGCCGCAUCCGUGGCGAACGUGCAUAAACUGCUAAGCUUUUCUGACUCUCGGUCCCAAAGGCUCUUUUCAGAGCCACUUCUGUUCUCAGUAAAAGGCUGUUACACAGGCAAGCCAGAGAAAUCUUGGCC